AACAUAUCUUGGAGGGUGAGUCAGACCCAGGCCCCCAGGCCUGAUGAGAAAAGAUGGGGAGCCUGGGAAGGAGCCUUCUGGUGCUCUGUGUAGCCCUGACCAUUGCAACACUCUCUGCUCAGCGAAGAAGGGGAUUGAGUGACCAAGAAGCUUUAUCCCUGUUCCUGAAAAUCUACAACAGAGACUCCAGCGAUAAUGCCAUCUUCAGGCUGCGGGAGUCCCAACCUGUCCUCAGAGAGGGUAGGACAUUGACCUUGAAUGCCACCAUCCAGGAAACAAAUUGUCUGAAGUCAGAGAAUCGGAAUCCUGACCAGUGUGAAUUCAAAGAACGUGGGCUGGUGAGAGACUGCUCAGGAAAGAUGUCUCCUGAUCGACAUCCCCUGUUGGUUGUCAUCGUUUGUGACUCCGUGCCCUCACAGGUCACUCAAAACCAGGAUGCACUGCAAGUGGCAAAUCUUAACAGUCAUGGAAAACGAAAGAGAAGAAGUUCUACAGAAGGAGAUGUGUCAUCAGAUGCCUUUCCAGACACGCAAAGGAGGUUUCCUCGUUCUGUACGUCCUUCUAGGUUCUUCCCUAGACAUAGGCCUAGACCUAGGCCCAGACCUGGCCCCAAUUUCCCCGGCCCUGCUCCUGGCCCUCGGCCUGGCCCCAAUUUCCCCGGCCCUGCUCCUGGCCCUCGGCCUGGCCCCAAUUUCCCAGGCCCUGCUCCUGGCCCUCGGCCUGGCCCCAAUUUCCCAGGCCCUGCUCCUGGCCCUCCGCCUGGCCCCAAUUUCCCCGGCCCUGCGCCUGGCCCUCCGCCUGGCCCCAAUUUCCCUGGCCCUCCACCUGGCCCUCUGCCUGGCCCCAAUUUCCCUGAACUAGAGCCUGACUCUGAAUUCCCCUGACCCCAGCCUGGCCCCAAUUUCCCUAGAUCCUAGCCUAGGCCUGAUUUCUUGGCUCUUUGCCUAGGCCCAUCUUUGGCUAAGCUCCCCAUUUAGAUUCCUGUCUCAUGCCCAGAAUGCCAUAUCUAGCUUAGGCCCACUAAACUUGCUUCUUCAAUGAGUUCCAAGAUUUGAACCCACAGAUCCAGUAGGACAAGCCACCCAAAAAAUUAAAAAAUAUAUAUAUAUAUAUAUAUAUUAAUAGGAACCAAAUGCAGUAAAAGAAGCUCAAAAAUCAAAAGAAGAGACUGGAUUGUGAACCAUCAAAGGGCAGGGACUUUUAGAAUUUUAUUGUAGUACUCCAAGCAGAUAGCAACUGAAUAAAGGCUCUUUGAUACCAAUAA